GCAUUGUCCAGUAUCAAGUCGACAGACGUUGCGACGGUUAGUAUAGUUUAAUACUAGGUCUCCGUCAAUUAGAAAAACGUGCUUCAGCCUAGCGUAUAGCACAAACUAUACGCUGCACGUUUGUCGAGCGGUUAAGUUUCAGUUAAAGUUACGGUCAUGUAUCCGGAAGGGAUGCUGGAUAGGGAUUUAAGGACUGCGAAGGUGCCCAUACUCGGAGUAUUAUUCAGUGAUAAUUUUGUGCCAAAUAGGACGAGCAGUAUUAGUUGCAAUGCCAGUAUUAUUACCAGUUUAGUCAGAAGGAACGCCAACAAGUUUAAUUUCUGCUUGUUGUGGAAGAGAAGAUAUUUAUUACCUAGAUAUCAACGUCUCAAAAACGUCCUCUUAGUUAUAGUUUAUCUUAUGUUAACUAUCCUGCCGACGACACAUUCAGCGCCAUCUACGAUGUAUCCUACUAGUACUAGAAAAACGUGCACAGCCAAAUGGCUGAAGAACUGUUUAACGCAAGUCAAACUCGCCGAAGUUCUAGCCGACAACGACAAAAGCAGCUUCACAGAAUACCCAAAUUGGGUGAACACUCUAACACCAGCAUGGUUGCCAAACGUUGGCAAACGAGUGGAUGAUACUAUUCCUCAAGACGUCCUCGAACAACUAACGGUGGACGAAACGCUACCGUCGAUCUACGCGAACCUGAAGACAUUAGGCACGGUGCUGGAGGAAGCGGUUAGGGAUUUGAACGGGAAACCGAUGCACGGGCAUUUCGUCGCGAUGCGCGACCACAACAGCGCCGUCCUCUACGUCCUGCGGCAGGUGAUGGAGGAGCUGGGCGUCGCGACGCCCGACGACGCCGACGGCGGACGCCAGAUCGUGCCGUCGGAGGUGCUGCAGGCGUUCAGAAGGGGCGAGCUGACGAUGACGAGCACCUUCACCACGCUCAUAUACAGGGAGUGCUUGAACAACUACCAGUACGCGCGCCAGGCGCUGGACCACCUCUACGAACGGUUGAACGCCGAGCAGGACGGGUGCUCUUAAAGUGAAACUAACUCCUAGUGCAGACGGGGAAAUAUAUAACGAAAACAAAAAAAAACAGCCUUCCGCUAAAUUUCGAAUUUGUCGUUACAACGUUUGUCUUUUGGUAUACAAAAACACGGCGAGGAAAAUUUGCUGACAAGCAGCGAGUUUUGCUGUACAAAUUUUUUAUAUGCAGAUAAAUUUCCCCGAGUACUCCAUUUGCAAAGCUCGCCCGGUACUUAAAAUUUUGUCAACGAGUAUUACUUAUCAAAUAAGGAUACUUAAUGUAUUAGUUUUUUUUUCGACAAUACGCGUUGCGUAGAUUACAAAAUGGUAUAAAAAAUUGUAGUACAGUUCAACUAUAAAAAAGUUAACGGAAAAGCCGCCGAUGCGCUAAAACUGGUGGAUUAUUUAUCCACCAAUACAACGCUCGAAUAUAAUCGAAAAAUAUUAUACAACAACUAUUAUCGAAUUAUAUCACAAGCUCCACAAUAAUACAAUAAAUUUACAAGGCCUUAUAUUCACUACUGUUUCUGCAUCCGCAGAAACUGCAUCAUCUAAAGCAUCUGGGGAUUUUCUUUUCUAUUUUUUCAGUUGAACUGGGCUAUAAUUGUAUUUUAAUAAAACAAAUGUGGAUUUUUUUGAUGAAAAUGAAAAUACAUCGAUUUUAUCGACAUUGACUUGUUGUAAAAGGGUCGAUUAAUUUUACAACUCCAUUCUAAUCGCGAACCGACUGAAAAAUAGGCAAUCUGUAUAAUUUUUUUAAAUAUUUUUACAAGUGGUUACUCUCAUAAAUUUCGAGUUGGAAACUUUGUUAUAAAACUCCGAUUUUUCCACCCACAAACGUUAGAAUUGUUCGAAUAAUGUUACCGUAUCGUUAUAAUUUCCGAUUCAUUAGAAUUAUCCAAAACGGUUCGGUAUAGUUGCUUGGAACAAAUCUAAUAGUUUCUUUUUUAACAGUACAUUUACAACGAUUCUUGUGCAAAUUAUAUCUUAUUAUUAAAUUUAUUAAUUUUUUACUCGAUUUUAAUGAAAUAUUUUUAUAUCUAUUUAGGGAUGUUUCGGACAAAUUGUUUGGAGUUUGUAGAGUUGUUCGACUCUAAUUGUAAACAAUUUUUUGGAAUAAAACGUGUUGUUGUUAUUCAAAAUUUUUAUACAGUUGUUUGUUUUAUCUUGUAUAAGUCGAAUUGUUCCUACUGAUAUAUUUAUAUAUUAAUAUGUAUGUAAAAAAAUCACGUUGUAUAUUUGUCUUGUUGACUCGGCUGUUUGUAAAAAGAAAAUUGUAUUUUGACAGCUAUGUAAAAAUCUCCAGUAUCUUAAUUUAAUUUUUGGGGCUCUUCAAAUAGACAAUUAUAUGUUGAACUAAAUGUUAUUUAUUUCUUAUUUAUAGUACUGUAAUGCCUUAAUUUAUUAUUAUAAGUCCGUUUUUAUUUAUUUUCUAAUUUAAAUGUGUUUUUUUUUGUUUACAGUAAGUUGUACAUAUAAUAUUUAAUUUUUAUAAUAUAUACAUUGACAUUUGAGAUCUUCAUUUUUUGACUGAAAAUUCCUCAAAUUUUUGUUUAAAUUAUAAACUGUGAUACGAUUAUAAAAAAUAGCACUUGACUAAAGAAAGAAAUUCUGUUGAAAUGUCUUGUUUCAUUUCCUUUUCCAAGUCAAUCCCGAAAAUUUUAUUAUUACUUUAUUCAAAUUGUUUAAAUGGCCGAU